AUGGAACAAGGGAGCCCGGAGACCCCCAAACCGGUAGCUGUCUCUUCAGAAUCCUCUCUCAAUGUGCUACAUUUCGACAGUGAUAUCAAAUUGCCUAAAGUGGUUAUAAAAGAAAGGGAUUCAUCUGACUUUGGAGAGGUCUCUGACUUGAAUCACAAUGUGUGGAUCUUCCAAGAUGAAAACAUUGUGUCAGUUCCACGGAGGGAAAGUGUGACUCCAGUCAUUGUCACUGUCAUCCCCUGCAAAUACCUGGCAUCUCCUGAGAAAAGCACAAGGUUUCCCAUUUACUUGGGAAUUAAGAAUCCAGAGAAGUGUCUGACUUGUGAGGACAUUGAAGGGAAGCCCACACUGCACCUGAAGGAUAAGAAAAUCUUAGACCUGUACAAAAAACCUGAACCUGUGACAAACUUCCUCUUCUACCGAAACCAAGAUGGCAGAACCUGCACUUUUGAAUCAGUGGCCUUCCCUGGUUGGUUCAUCGCUUCCUCUGAUAAAGGCCAGCCCCUCUUCCUCACUUCCAACCCAGGGGGAACAGACAAUACUGCUUUUAUAUAUAAUGGUUACAGUUAG